CGUAUUUCACAAUGUCGAUUUCCAGCUGAACACGUUUUUCGAGAAAAUCCUUUCAAUUUUUCAUAAUAUCUCGAAAAGUCAUCAAAAUGCCGGGAUAUGAGAUGUCUAUCAUUAUGAAGGCCCUUCAGAGGCCAGCACUUACUCAAGUGCUGAAAAGAACAUGUGAAUCAAUAAUGACCAAAGGGGGCAUCAUCACCAAAAUGGAAAAUCUAGGAACGAAGACUCUUCCUUAUCGAAUGUCAAAACACGGUGAAAAGUAUUUUACAGGAAAUUAUUUCAUAUUUAACUUCCAAAGUCCGUCUGCUGUUGUAGAGGACCUAAAUGAGGAACUGAAUCGAGAUGUUGAUGUAAUUCGACCAGCUUUCUUGAAUCGAGAUGUGGAGAGAUUUGAAAAACCUUGUGAAAAAGGACCCUGUAUUUGGGGUGAAAUCAAGCAUCCUAUGCAUGAGAAAAUCAUUGGAAAAAGAAAAUACUGGAGAAGAUACUGAACAUUUGAAAUUUUCAGACAGUUUGUGUGCUUGUAUCAGAUAACUUGUUAAAAAUUGUUACUCCUACUGUAAAUUAUGUACGUGUAUUAACACCUUCAGCGCCGAACCACGUAGAUCUACGUGGCCCAAACCCCCCUCUUUGAGCUGGUUAUCAGAGUCUCUUGGACUUCAUGAAAGAACUACGCCAUCGCCAUCUUCAGGGUAAGAUAGGAACUGAAAAGACCGUUUGGUUUUUCAGUUUCUACCUUGUCCUGAAGAUGGCGAUGGCGUAGUUCUUCCAUGAAGUCCGGGAGACUCCGAUAACCUGCUCAAAGGGGAGGGGGGAUUUGGGCCACGUAGGUUCGGCGCUGAAGGUGUUAAGUAGUGUUAUAAAAUAAAACCAAGAUUUCGUAAAUAAUGUCUGCUGUUGAUUCUUUCUUUGUGUUCCUUAGCUGUUAACUAAAGGAAGUCCACCAUUUCCAGGUUGCAGUUAUCUUGGAUCAAGGGGGCAGUUUUUGUUCUAUACUUUCACUUUUGAGCUGGCCCCAGGCCUACUGGCUCUGUACAUGGUAUGCUCCCCUUGACUGAAGGAAAUUCUCUCCUGAUUCUCUGUGAUUUAAGUUGUUAAAUGUGAAUAUCUAGUAAAAUCCAAAGUAUUUACCUUUGUUAACACUUCUCUUUCUUUGUAGGUCUUUCAAACCACUAAAAUGUUCACGUUAAGACUUAACGUCUCCGUUAAAGCUGACGUUGUAUUGAACAACUCAGCCCUGGCCUCUUCAA